CGGUAAUCUGCUGAUGCUGGGACCAUUCGUGAUUGUCUCAGUCGUGUCUUUUGCGAUUCGUAACAUCCGCUGAUUUGCAAUCGCGGAUGACGUGAAUCUCGCUGUGUUGUCCCUGCGGCCAUUUGUGGUUGGGAAGCACUCAUCGAAAUUCUACGUGACCACUGGCUCGCACAAAACUCAUGACUGAGGCCCAUCUCGAGUCAGACUCUUGCCUUACCCUUCUGCAGCUGCUUUGGAAGAUCGCAGCGCAGCUGUGCUAGGAGCAGAUCCUCACAAGGAGUCGCAGUGGAAUGGAAGGGCGAUGUCCUGCUGACUUUGAAGCUUGGCUUGGCGUGCGCACGUGUCCACAGAUGACUCUGAAGCUGGUCGUGAGCUCGGCGACAAUAAGCGGGACGGUUGCUGGCGAAAUUUACCCCCACCCGCAAAAAAAAGUGUCUCCUUCAGAGACCUUCUCCGUGGUCGACUCUUUCACUAUAGUGGGUCAGGCCGCCACACAGACGCCCUCAGGUACUCAUGUGUUCACAUUCAAUGCGCCUUCUCUUACGAUAGCUUGCACCUUUUGCCGUGUAGCGUCACAUCAAUCAUCAACAAGGCUAUCAUGCGCGGCGCCACAUGAGCCAAGGUGGACCUUUGGAUCUCCCCUGCAUGCCUGCGGCCCCGCCUCGACCACCUUUGCUGAUUGCUGACCUCUUUCGGCCAGCAACCUUCACUACUUCAGUCAUCUGGCCGUAAAUCUCUCUACCCGCGAAUGAUCAUAUGCUCUCUCAAG